AGACUGUUCCCAAUUCCGCGUUAAAUCAAAGCCUUCCCAAUUCUUUUCUCCAUCCAUUCAUUCAUUCCAAACUCAGAACCAAACCGAAUGAGAGCAACUUUUUCUUCAAUUCUUUCGUUAUUCUUCCUCUUCUUCGCAAUCUUCACCUUUCCACAAUCUUCCGGCGACUGCUCCGAUUUCGAUCACGCACAAAUGGCUGAUACCAGAUCCGGCGGGAUCUACGAUUCUCCCACUUCUCAAAACUCCCUCGAAACUGAAUCCCUCGCUCGAUUCGCCGUUGAUCAACACAACGCUAAACAGAAUUCGCUGCUGGAGUUUGCGAGAGUGGUGAAAGCUCAGGAACAGGUUGUUGCUGGUACAUUGCAUCACCUUACUAUUGAGGCUGUUGAUGCCGGUGAGAAGAAGAUCUAUAAUGCUAAAGUUUGGGUUAAACCCUGGUUGAAUUUUAAGGAACUUCAGGAGUUUGAGCAUGCUGGUGCUGGUGAUGGACCUUCAUUUACUUCUGCUGAUCUUGGUGUCAAAAAGGAUGGUCCCAAGCCGGGGUGGCAGUCUGUGCCAACAGAAGACCCUCAAGUUCAGGAUGCAGCAGAUCAUGCUCUUAAGUCCAUCCAGCAGAGGUCCAAUUCACUAGUGCCCUAUGAACUCCACGAGGUUUCUGAUGCGAAGGCUGAGGUCAGCGAUGAUGUUGCCAAGUUUGAUUUGCUUCUCAAGCUCAAGCGAGGAGAAAAACAAGAGAAGUUCAAGGUAGUGGUGCACAAGAAUAACGAAGGGACUUUCCAACUUAAUCAUUUGGAAGCAGAUCAUUCCUAGUAAUCUUGAUAUGAAGCUUGGUCACGGUAGGAUUAUAGGCCUGCUUGGACCCUAAAUUUGCACUUAUUAUAUAUGGGCUGUGUAUCGUAUAAGACUCACUCAUAACUAGUAUGUUUCGAAUAUUGCUCUUGUUUUAUAAGUCUCAACAAUUAUAUGAGUGGCUGUCCUUUUCUUUA